UGGUUACCGAUGCUGUCCCGGAUCAGUCGGCGCUAUCUGGACGGUAGUUUAAUAAGCUGAACAUGGAUGAACGGGCGGCGGAUCGCAGUCGGGCUGCGAUGUUCGUGUUAGUUCUGAUUCUGUUUAAAUCGACAGAUGCAACUUUAACUGUGUUUGAAGAUUAUUCAUCUGCAUCGACUGCGAAUUCACAAGAACCCACGGAUCUGCGAACUUUCUCCACGGCGGGGGUCAGUGAGGGGACGGCGAGCUUUGGACACGAGUCCACGCCAGGAGUCUCGGAUGUCCACCCGAGCUUUUCGGACAGGGUCACUCGGACUGCCACUGAUCAGAGUGACCAGACCUUUUUCAAUGCUGCCACAGAGAGCUGGACCUCGCACAGCGGUUUGGAAAUAUCCACAGAGUUGCUCAACUCCAGCCCUAAACUCACAACUAACACCGCUACUGAGUGGGAUGACCCGUCUACGGUAGCCAAUAUAACGGACGCCUACCUGGGCUCUUCCUCGGAGCAGCGGCCUGCGACUGAUCUCAGGACUGCACGAGACCUCACAGUGACUGACCUGACUAAUCUGAACUUUACGGACAUGGAUACUACAGAAUCAGUUUCACACGCCGGCAGCACCUACAUGUCCACCUCUAAUAACCGGGCCGGGGAGCGCACCCUGCUGUCCAUUACAUCCAACAGCAGGUCUCAGUACACAGAGAACUCCGGGACUUCUGGGACGUCUCCGGACGCUUUCACCGAGCGGUUGAGGAGGGUAGGGGUCUCCACUGAGGAUCUUCCUACAAAUACCACUCUAGAGGAAGAGUCUGAGGUGCCCAGCGUCUCUCAGGUCACCCAGUUACAGACAGGACUGCCCAACGUCACGGGACAAAGCUUUGACUUGAUGUCUGAGACGAACGAGUCAAACUCUACCCCGUCUGUCUUAGACAAGGGUGAGACGGAGACCACGGUUAAUUCUUCCACCACUGAUACAUCCUAUACAGACAGUGCAUCUACAUUCUCCGUCCCUCCGUUUGAGCUCACACAGAACAGUAGUACCGACCGAGCCCACCAAGAAAGUGAACCAACCAGAGCUUCUACGGAAUCUACCAGUACCUUUGUAAAUAAACAAACCGAUAGACCUCAGACGUCUGUAGAAGAAACUACUGUUUCAGCCACGACUACUGCACCUCCAACUGUUUGGACAGACACCACCAGGGUGGACGAGUCCUCAACCCAGUUCCUGUCCACCCUGAAGCCCUUUAUCCCCCAAACUUCUCGUCCUGUAGAGCCCACCCAGGUUUCGAGCACAACUCCAGGACCAGUGACCCAGAAGCCACCACUUACAGAGAAGUACACAACCACCCCUGCCGCUACCACAACGCUAGCCAGCUCCAGCACCAGCGCUGCGGCCCUACUUACUACACGUCAGCCCCAACCCACCACCACCACCACCGCCACCGCCGAGACUCAGACAUCACACGAACCUUCCACAGCCGCAGAGACCACUCAAAUUAUCACCAAAACCACAACAAAACAGUACCACCCUUCCCUGAGAACAACCCCACCCUCAAUGUUUACCAGUUCAUCCCAGUCCGGGGCAGUUCCCACAGAUGUGAGCACGCUGCACUUGGAAACCAGCACCGCUUCACCAAGCAGCAACACGACACACAGCAGACACACCACUGCCUCUUUUACUAAGAGCGCCCCCACCAUGAGUACUGCGGUAGUGACCACAGAAAAGCACACAGAGACGGAGGCCACGACCGAAAAGAUACCCGCUAAGUCAACACAAGCACCUGUGCACAGGUGUGAGCUGAAGACCUGUGCAAACGGAGGCACGUGUGUGGCGACUUCAGAUGGCAGCAGGUGCGAGUGUUUGUCAGCCUGGACAGGAAAUACCUGCACUGAAGAUGUUGAUGAGUGUGUGAACAGCCCGUGUCCUCCAGACUCACUGUGUGUGAACACCAGGGGCUCGUUUAGCUGCGAGUGCCCACUGGGUUAUGACCUGCAGGAUGGCCGCAGAUGUACACAAGUUAAGAUCUUCUUGGGGUCGUUCAGGAUAAACAGCUCUCUGCAUCUGAGGAACAACGGCCUCCAUGAGCUCCAUAAAGAGAUCAUUCAUUUGCUGAAUGCUUCACUUUCAAACCUGCGUGGUUACAGACGAUCUACUCUACGAGAUGUGGAUGGACUGCUCAUCUCGGCUGUGAACAUGUUCUCCAUGUCGGCUGACGUGGCCAGCACAGAGAUCUGUGACAGCAUUCAGAUGUCUCUCAGGAACUGCAACACGUCCCACUGCACCCACCGACACCAGUUCACUUAUCAGAUGGAGAGUUUGUGCCUGGCACAGAACAAUAGAUGUGAUACCCAGUAUUCAGUGUGUGAUGAUACACACGGGACUGUGUACUGCCGGUGCCAUAAAGGCUACUUUAAAAAGAACCCAGAGGACACCACAUGCAGAGAUUGUGGUGAUGGCUUUGAGCUUGUUAAUGGGACUUGUGGAAAAUGUGCAUUUGGGUUUGGAGGAUUCAACUGCAAUAACUUUUAUGGACUGGUAGCGAAGGUUGUGUCUCCUGCUGCUGGAGGGUUGCUGCUUAUCGUCAUCGUAGCUCUUAUCAUCACCUGCUGCAGGAAGGACAAAAAUGACAUCAACAAGAUCAUCUUUAAAAGCGGAGAGCUUCAGAUGUCUCCGUACCCAGAGUUCCCCAAGGGCAGCCGGGUGUCUAUGGAGUGGGGCAGAGAGACCAUCGAGAUGCAGGAAAACGGCAGCACGAAAAAUCUCCUGCAGAUGACGGAUAUCUAUUACUCUCCGGCUCUGCGGAACGCUGACCUGGAGAGGAACGGGCUCUACCCAUUUUCAGGCCUGCCGGGCUCACGACACUCCUGCAUCUACCCAGCGCAGUGGAACCCGUCGUUCAUCAGCGACGACUCUCGGAGGAGGGACUAUUUCUGACACCGCGCAGCCUCGUGCUCCUGCACGGAAUGUAACGCAAAUAGAGAAACACUGACCACUAGAGAGCUGCUGGAUGAGAAAAUGAAGCUCUGAUUUGGUUUAUUUGGCGUUCAGGACCUCAGGGCGUGGCUGUAUGGUUCAUGUUUCAGGAUUCACUUCUAACCCUAGAACUGUGAAACGAUUACGAGGGGAAAUAGAACAUCAGUGCUGUGCUGCACUGCAGACGGUCCAUACAGACUUUUUAUCUCAAAUGGAAAAAGUCGUAGAUGUUACACAUUUACAGUGCUGUGAAAAAGUAUUUGCCCCCUUCCUGCUUUCUUCUGUGUGUACAUAAAGAUCAUGAGUAAACUAGAUGGUCCUGUGUAAAAAUGCUAUUGCCCCUUAUUUACUUCAUGAACUGACCAAUUUUAGUUGAUAAUUGUGUUCAUUUAGACAAGACACUCAGAGUCUUGAUUACUACCAGCUCAUUACUGGUGAAUCUAAAUAUCACUUAAAUUAACCCUUCCACAAAAGGGUUAUAGAAGAUGACAAGUUUAAGGUUCUACAACUUUUAUAAACCACAAUAAGAGCCAUUAUUCCCAAAUAAAGACAUUUUGGAACAGGGAUUAAUCCUGGCCAGUCUACCAAGAUUCCUCAAGUUGGUAAAGAACCCAGAUGAACAUCUAAGAAACUGUAUGUCUCGUUUUCCUCAGAUGAGCUCAGUGUUCAUGAUUUUACCAUUGGAAGGAGACUGGGCAAAAUGGUUUUCAUGUGAGACACUACUAAACAAAAGACUUGACUUAUGUUUGCCAAAAAAACUCUCAAUGCCAAGCCAAGUACUUUGGACCACUGUUUUGUGUACUGAUAAGUCAAAACUGAAGUGUUUUGAAAGACAUGGGUCCCACUGCAUCUGAUAUAAAGCUGGUGGACCUUUUUAGAUACUGUGCAACAUGGUGGAGGAAGUGUGAUAGUGGUUUUAGAGUGGCUUAGUCUUGGCUUAGUUGGCUUUAAUUGUAUACAGAAGAUGGGGCGGCACGGUGGCUUAGUGGGUAGCACUGUCGCCUCACAGUAAGAAGGUCCUGGGUUCGAUCCCCAGGUGGGGCGGUCCGGGUCCUUUCUGUGUGGAGUUUGCAUGUCCUCCCUGUGUCCGCGUGGGUUUCCUCCGGGUGCUCCGAUUUCCUCCCACAGUCCAAAAACAUGCUAAUUGAAAACACUGAAUUGUCCUAUAGGUACCUAGCCACUAGAUGCACAAACCAGUGCAUUGUAGUGCCGGUCCCAAGCCCGGAUAAAAUAGGGAGGGUUGUGUCAGGAAGGGCAUCCGGCGUAAAAACUGUGCCAAAUCAAUAUGGAUCAUGAUCCGCCGAGAGCCGACCCCGUAACCGAACGGGACAAAGGCCGAGGAAGAAGAAGAAUUGUAUACAGAAGAUAAGCCAAACAUUUUCCACUGUGACGUGAAACACUGAUUACCAGCGAUUUGUUGCAGUUAUUGCUGCAGUAAUUAAGUUUAGACCAAAAUACUGACAUAAACAGCGUUUUCCUCAUGUUCUUGUUUUAGAUUUGGUAAAAAGAUCUGAACCCAUGUAGUGUAACGAAAAUCUGAACAAAAAAAACAGAAAUCAGGAGGGGCAAAUGCUUUUCAUAGCACUUCAUCGUUGGGGAAUAAUACACGUGCAUCAAUAACUUUAAGUGAUAACUUGCUGUAGAUCAUAUUAUCAGAAAAUGUAGCAGGACAAAGGACCUCUAACAAACCACACUUGGUGCUAAUUCUUUAUAUAAAUCUGAGGAAGGCACUACAAGUGAUGCAUAAGGACAUAAAAAACAUACUGUCUUAUUUAUUCAAUUAAUUUAAUGUCAUUUUCAAAUAAAUAUGCUGUUCAGUUACACCGAUCAGGAAUAACAUUAUGAACACCUUCCUAACAUUGUGUUGGUCCCUCUUUUGCUGCCAAAACAGCCCUGACCCGUCAAGACAUGGACUCCACUAGACCCCUGAAGGUGUGCUGUGGUAUCUGGCACCAAGAUGUGAGCAGCAGAUCCUUUAACUCCUGUAAGUUGUGAGGUGGGGCCUCCAUGGAUCGGACUUGUUUGUCCAACCCAUCCCACAGAUGCUCGAUUGGAUUGAGAUCUGGGGAAUUCAGAGGCCAAGUCAACGCCUCAAACUGGUUGUUGUGCUCCUCAAACCGUUCCUGAAGCAUUUUAGCUUUGUGUCAGGAAGCAUUAUCCUGCUGAAAGAGGCCACAGCCAUCAGGGAACCGUUUCCAUGAAAGGGUGAACAUGGUCUGCAAGAAUGCUUAGGUAGGUGCUACGUGUCAAAGUAACAUCCACAUGGAUGGCAGGACCCAAGGUUUCCCAGCAGAACAUCGCCCAAAGCAUCACACUGCCAGCCUUCGCUCCCCAUGUGCAUCAAUGAGCUUUGGCCGCCCAUGACCCUGUCGCCGGUUUACCACUGUUCCUUCCUUGGACCACUUUUGAUAGAUACUGACCACUGCAGACUGGAAACACCCCACAAGAGCUGCAGUUUUGGAGAUGCUCUGACCCAGUCGUCUAGCCAUCACAAUUUUCCUGCUUCUAACAUCAACUUUGAGGAUAAAAUGUUCACCUGCUGCCUAACAUACCCCCCCCCCCCCCCCCCCACUAACAGGUGCCGUGAUGAAGAGAUAAUCAGUGUUAAUUACUUCACCUGUCAGUGGUCAUAAUGUUUUGCCUGGUCGGUGUAUGUUGCAUCUGUUUGUUUCAUCGUUGUGUGUGUGUGUGUGUGAGAGAGAGAGAGAGAGAGAACUUGGCUGUGUUCUUUGUAUAUGUAAUAAUAAGAUGUAUUAUAUUUUUCAACAUAUUCGUAUAUUUAAUAUUAGACGUAUUAUUUUAUGCUUAUCAGUAUUUUCUCUGCUCCCCUGCGGAUGGUCACUGAAUCUGGCGUUUUAGUCAGAAAUAAUGAAAUAAAGCAUUUUCAUGA